AUGGAUUUGAGGUGUUUGUGUAACUGUGAUGCUUGUAACAGUGUUUUGGUAAAUUUUGGCCAUGUUAUAAUAUUAUGUGAUAUACCCAUUUCAUUACUAUUAUCUUAUAAUAGUGAAUUGAUCUACUCAAAGUUCAAUUGUGACGCUAUUAAUAUUAUUUUGAUUACAAACGUUAAAUCAUUUCUUGGAUUAAAUUUAUUAAAUGAAUUCUUUAACUUAUCUUCCACACAUGUUAUUACCACUUCUCCUAUCUACUCCAUUUCUAGCCUACUCAACAAUACCACAAACACUAAUAAUAAUCUGACUGGAUUUAUUAAUGUAAACACUAGUACUAGAGUUAAAAAAUUAAUAAAUAAUGUUAAGGAAAAAAACUUUAAUCCUCAAUAUAAAUUACAUAUAAUUUCAUUUAAUCAAUUUUUAACUUUAAUUACCACUAUCAAUACCACCAAUGCUGGUACUAGCACUGAUUCUAGUGACGCGAUUGAUAUGGAUUCUGAGGAUAUGGCAGUGGAGAUGGAAAUCGUUGGAUACAGUAAUGGAUAUAAUUUUGGAGGCUGUAACUAUAUGCUAAGGCAUGUCUCAAAAGUGAUAUUUACAAGUCUUUUAAUCUUAAUAUUUUUAAACACACUAACCCCAAUGAUUUCAUACUGUUCCUUAAUACUAUUCAUACUCCAAAUCAACAAUAAUUAUGCUAAAAAUUUAUACAUUUAUUUAUAUAUUAAUAAAGCUGUAGAGGAUUCUGUGGUAGAAAAUAAGGUGGUUGAAUUAGUGGAUAAAAUAAUGAGUGGUAAUAUAAUACUAAUGAUGGAUAUAUUAGACGACUGCUUGAUCGAAAUAUUACUAGAAUUAUGUAGUAGAAUCGACUCAAUGCAACAACAGCAUCGCUAUGUAUACUGUGUUGGAACUGGUGUUGAGGAGUUAUUUGACUUUUACAACAAGAGUUGUGAAUGGGUUAAUGAGUCAAGAGCCGAGAACACUAUGGACCCCAAUGACCCAAAUUCACCGUUUCCAGAAAUCACCAAUUUGAUACAAAAUAACAUUUUAUUAAUCGCAAAUCAUAUGAAAGAUAUUGUUAACGUUUUUAAAUCUCCAUCAAUCACCUUCCUAUUUCAUCCCUACUCAUAUCCAGUUAGUGAUAUCCCUAAUAUGCAUAAUAAUGUAGAAACUGCUAAUGGUUUACAAAUAUCUAAUAUAAAUAAAGUAUACGUAAUCAAUAAAAAUACUAAUAGUAUGGAGUGUAUAAAAAUUGUUAGAGAAAAUGAUUUAAACCAGAUAAUACAAGAGUUUGAAAAUAGAAAAGGUAAAAUAAUAAAUUUAGACGAAAUAACUUUGCAAGAGAACUUUACUUUGGAAGAGAAUUUUAAUAAUUUUGGUUUAACGAAAUUGAGAAUUCCAAUUACUAACCAUAUAAAAUUUAAGCAAAUUAAUCCAAAUAUUAGUGUCACUAAGUGUAAAAUGACUGAUGGAGUAUUAAUGGGAUGUGAUGAGGGGUUUGAAAUACCAUUUGGAAAUGUACGAGUAGAAAAGGUUUUAGAGGAGUUAAAGAGGGUUUACAAUGAGAUUCUUCCUGAGGAACAAAUGAAUAAGGAAUUAUUGAUUAAAGGGAAGAAUUUUGAGUUGACGGUAGAUGAGUUGAGGAAUGAGAUUUUGAUUACUACCACUAACCCUAAUGAUCUAAAAACUCUAAACAAAGUUAUACUUAAUCUAUUUAAACACUAUUCAUAUGUAUAUAUAAUUAAUUAA